AUGGCAAAUUCAGAGUUGGAUAAACGCAGAGUUUCUGGACGAAGAGCAAGUCUCGAGAGUGGAAGAGUUGAUUCUUUGGAAAAGAGUUCCAAUGAGUCAAAUCCAGGAGUAUUUAAAGAAAUGUUCGGAACUAGGGAGAAUCCUACAGUCAUUCCAUUUAAUUCCAUAAUUAAAAACCCAAAGAUUUACUUCCCAGUAAUCGCAAUUACAGCAACUUUAACUGGUGGUCACAUUCUUAAUCCAGAUGCAUCAAGAGAGCUUUUCUUUAAAAGCGGUGCAUUUUCUUUCGCUCCGGAGAUGCUUGAGUCUGGAGAGGCUUUCUUUACAAUUAACAAUGUCAUGUCCGUUGCAAAUGGGUCAGUGUUCAUUGGUCACAUGAUCGCUGGCUCUAUAAUUGAUAGAUUUGGACUACUUCCAUGUGCACUUUUGGGUCACUUUCUGUCUGCUGUUGGUUAUACCCUGAUGUUUUUAUUCCACUUCUCUUCUUAUGCAUAUUACUUUGCCGGUGUAUGCUUUGGUUUAUCUCUAUCAUGUACUUUUGCAUCCAGAUCCAGAUUUAUGCAAAUGUUCCCUAAGGUCAAAAACACUGUUGGAAUGCUUCUCACAAUUGGUAUGGACUUUGCUCUGCUUCUUCCUCUUCUCCAGGAUAGGCUUUCUGAUUUUGUUGGAGGCCCCAGAGUUGUAAUCAUUGCCAUGGUAAUUAUGCAAUUAGCAAUAUUUAUUCACCAUGCAUUUAUUUUCCCAUCUGGUAAACUCCCAGAGAGAAUGUCUUAUCAGAACCCCAAUAUUUCAAAUGACCUUGAAGACGAGAGUACCGAUCUUAUUCAAAAGGAUGCAGAUGAGUCCCAACAAGAUGGAAUUCAAGGAUAUAGGGAACUUUCUUGCAUGAGAAAAAUCCUUUCAUUACCUUUUGUUACUUUCUUCAUGUAUAUGUUAUUCUUUGCUCUUUCCAGAAUCCAUUACCAGCUAUUUUUCAGAAGUACUUGUCAGAUUAAUAUAAGCGACCAAAUCAGUGCCAAGAAGGCAGCAGAUAUCGGAAAUAUCAUCUAUUCGCUUGCAUCUUACUUGUCCCUUGCUUGGGGAUACAUUGUAGAUCAUAAUGGGCUUAUUAUUACAAUGCAAUACCAGAUUUCGUUACUUAUUGGAGCUUACUUCUGUGCAGGAUUCAAAUCUGUUGGUAACAUAAUUCCCCAAAUCUUAUCCAGUGUAUUUGCUGGUCUUUAUACAUGUUUUGCUAAUUCCUUAACUUAUAGUUUUGUGGCAGGAGUCUUUGGUUAUGAUAACUUUGGUGUUGUUCAAGGUUUGGCAUCUCUUUCAGCAUUUAUUUCACUCAUGUCAAUUAAUUGCUGGCAGAGCUUUUUGGAAAACACUUUAAGAAGAGAUUACAAUCUUGCUAACAAACUUGUUAUGUAUGUUGGAAUUGCAAUAUUUGUUAUCUUAUUUGCCUUGAGAAUGAUUUAUGUCAGAAAGAGCAAGUAA